AUGCCUUACGACAGCUUUCCUCUCUCUCUCUCUCUCUCUCUCUCUCUCUCUCUCUCUCUCUCUCUCUCUCUCUCUCUUCUCAAAGAACAAUAUUGUUUGUAUACCAUCCUGAUACUUCAAUUAAUUUCCUUUUCUUUCUUUUUUUUAUUACCUAGCUACCGUUAUGGUGCUAAAGUGUGCAAUGGAGAGACGACUUCCUAUUUAAUGUGUAACACACAGAGAUGUCCAGAAAGCCAAAUAGAUUACCGAGCCGAACAGUGCCAAGCGUACAAUGCGAAAAUUUUCCAUGGACGAUUUUACAAGUGGAAACCUUACACAAGAUGGACAGAAGCUUCUGACCAGUGCAAACUUUAUUGCCAACCGGAUGGUUAUAGCUUCUUCUACGCUCUCGCUCCUAUGGUCAAGGACGGUACUCGCUGUAACGAUAUGACCACAGAUGUAUGCAUCCAAGGAGAGUGUCUGAUUAUACUCUGUCUCUCUCACUCUCUCUCUCUCUCUCUCUCUCUCUCUCUCUCUCGCUUUCUAUCUAUCUAUCGCCGUCUGUUUCUAUCUAUCUAUCUAUCUAUCUAUCUAUCUCUCGCCCAGAAAAUUGUACCUAAACCGAUUGGUUGUGAUUAUAUUGUCAAUUCGGGCGCUAAAAAAGACAUCUGCGGUGUAUGCAAGGGAGAUAACUCUAGUUGUUCAAUAGUCUCCGGUGAUUUCUUCGGACAACCAAAGUCGCACUCAUACGCCGAAAUCGCUGUCUUCCCGAAAGGCGCUCGCUCAUUAUACAUCCGCGAGAAAUCUCCGUCGUUCAACUACUUGGCUCUCCGCAAUGUCCAGAAAACAAUUUACCUGAAUGGAAAGUGGCAUCUGAGUAAUGCGGGGACUCACGUGCUCGGCAAUCAGAAGUUCGAGUAUAAGCGGGUGCAGGGCCAUGGUCGCCAACAGAUGGAGACUAUAAUGGCCGAAGGACCUCUUAAAGAAGACUUCAUAUUAGAGAUCUCUCUCUCUCUCUCUCUCUCUCUCUCUCUCUCUCUCUCUCUCUCUCUAUCUAUCUAUCUAUCUAUCUGUCUGUCUAUCUAUCCCACAGUGUCUUCAUAUCUAUCUAUCUAUCACUCUCAGACCGUCACAUCUAUCUAUCUAUCUAUCUAUCUAUCUCAGACCGUCACAUCUAUCUAUCUAUCUAUCUAUCUAUCUAUCUAUCUAUCUAUCUCAGACCGUCACAUCUAUCUAUCUAUCUAUCUAUCUAUCUAUCUAUCUAUCUAUCUAUCUAUCUAUCUCAGACCGUUACAUCUAUCUAUUUAUCUAUCUCAAACCGUUACAUCUAUCUAUCUAUCUAUCUAUCUAUCUAUCUAUCUAUGUUAG